AUGGCUCGUACAAAACAAACCGCUCGUAAAUCAACUGGUGGCAAAGCUCCACGAAAACAAUUAGCAACAAAAGCUGCCCGAAAAUCUGCACCAGCUACAGGUGGAAUCAAAAAGCCUCACCGCUUUCGUCCAGGUACCGUAGCUCUUCGGGAAAUUCGUCGUUAUCAAAAAUCGACUGAAUUACUUAUCCGUAAAUUACCAUUUCAACGUUUGGUUCGUGAAAUCGCUCAAGAUUUCAAAACAGAUCUUCGAUUUCAAUCAUCCGCUGUUAUGGCUUUACAAGAAGCGUGUGAAUCAUACUUAGUCGGUCUUUUCGAAGACACUAACUUAUGUGCAAUUCAUGCUAAACGUGUCACCAUCAUGCCAAAGGACAUCCAAUUGGCCCGCCGCAUUCGUGGUGAACGCGCUUAA